UAUGAAACAAGUCUGAUUAAAAAACAUAAUCAAAAACAUAAAGAACGAAUGAUGAAAACUAUUGAGAAACGGGAAAUGCAUCUUAGUCAAAACUGUGAACGAAAGAGAAGAAAAUUAGAAACUGAAACUGAAAGUGAACGCGAGCAGCAUCUUGAAUAUCAACGUAAAAAAAGCAAAGAACUACAAAUGUUGAAAAAAGCAAAUUAUAAUCAAAUUCAAAAAAGAACUGAAUUUAA